UGAAAUCCAACGACCAUGAAAACUCAGCUCUAAUUGAUACAAAAUCUGAAAAUUGAAAACCAAGCUCGACCGAUCGGCUUUGUAUACUCUUUGGUCUUUCCAAAAAACCAAGAAAAACUCUAAGAGGAACAAGAAUAAAAGACAGCAGCGAGCGACGGCCGGAGGAUGACGGUAGACUCUUCAAUUUAAACGGAGGUGCGACAAAGAAAAGGACCAAAAGAGUCUGGUUCCCUUAACAUUUGCUGAAGCCAGAUGGAGGAGUCAUCAUUCUUUGACCAGAUGAUCAGUCGCCUCCGCACUACGAGCAAGUAUUAUACUGGUUACCCAAAAGACUUUGGGCCCUCGCGGGUUAUUGACUUUACGUCAGAGCGAGAGUUUGUGCAGCUCCUGCAUGAAGGUCGUCCCAUGGUUGUUGCAUUUACUCUCAGGUGUGCCUAUACAAAGCAUCUUGAUAAAGUACUAGAGGAAGCUGCGGCUGAGUUUUAUCCCCAUAUAAAAUUUAUGCUGGUUGAAUGUCCAAAAUAUCCUGGAUUUUGUGUAACACGACAACGGAAAGACUAUCCCUUCAUUGAAAUAUUUUACAGCCCAGAACAAGCUGUGAACCAAGGGAGGGUUGUGGAUCCUAAUAUAACAAAAUACUCAGUCAAGGUUUUGCCUUUCAAUUAUGAUCCCAGUGCGUAUGGAUGUAGGGAGUUCUUCAAGCGACAUGGUAUAAACUUGUCGACUCCAAACAGCUAAGAAAUGAGUUCAUCCCCAAUGUUUUGUUCGAUAGGAAGGAUCCUUUGCAAAUACUGGCUUUCUUAGAGUGUUGAAAUACAUCCAAUCUAGAAUGUCCCAACAUAACCUUUUUGAGCCUGCAAUUGGUGAUUCGCUGCCUGCAGAAAACAGCUUGGUUCUGCUAUUUAAUAUUUGAUCUGUAGAGUAAUAAUAUCUAUGCAGAAGUCGGUUAAGCUUUGUUCACAUCAUUGAUUGUGCCAUUCAGGUUUUAAAUAGUGCAAUUGAGGUCAGCCACUUCGGACGCAAAUGACCUAGUGUGUACAUUGAAUUGAACUUAAUAAGAGGUGUUUUAAGAGUUCA